AUGCCCGAGGGUAAGGCACCUCAUUUCCCGCAGCAGCCUGUUGCUCGACAAAAUGAUGAUGGUUCGUUGGAACUAGAGUGUUUUCUUGAAGCUCAGCCAUUACCAGACAUUAAGUGGUUCUAUGAUACUACUGAACUGAAACAAGAUCAGCGAUUCAGUUUUCGAUUGGAUAACAAGGGAAACGAUGCCUAUUCUGCCAUUCUUCAGAUCAAGGAUCUUGCUGAUAGCGAUGCUGGUGCAUACCGAUGCGCUAUUGUAAAUCCACAUGGCAAAGGAAACGCUAAUUUCAAUCUCAAACUUACUGGAUUCAGUGCGCCAACAUUUGUCGAAAAACCACAAAUAUCAUCUCGAGAUGAUGGUCAAGUAAUGGUAAUGGAAUUCAGAGCAAAGUCAAUUCUUAAGCCUACAUUUGUUUGGCAAAAGGGAAAUGAAAUAGUGGCUGAAUCAGAUCGAGUUAAGAUUGUUUUGAAGGAAGAAGCAAAUCAGAUCUAUUACGCCGCUCUUGAAAUUAAAGAGCCGACAAAAGAGAAAGAUGCUGGUCAGUUUGUAUGCACUGCAAAGAACGAAUCCGGCAAACUAACAGCCACGUUUACUGUCAAAUUUGAAGUGCCCCAAGGAGCACCAACUUUUACUCGUAAACCUCAGAUCUUGCAAAAAACAUCAGACUCUGGUGAUCCAGCUAUUGUUUUUGAUAUUGGGUUCCAAGCUGAUCAGAAUCCUGAGGUUAUUUGGUUAAAUCCCAAGGGCAAAAAAAUGAAGGAGUCCAGUCGUAUCAAAUUUGGCUUAGUACCUGAUGGAGGUGCAAACACUUUUACUGCUCAGUUAGAACUCAAGAAUUACAAAGCAAAAGACAGUGGCACAUAUACAUGUAAUAUCAAAAAUGAAGCAGGUGAAGCUAACGUUGAACUAACAUUGAAUAUCGAAGGUCUGUUUUUCUUUUUCAUGCCUUUCAGUGCUGCGUUCUAA